AUGUUCCAGCUGGCAUCAGUGUGCACUGGCAUGGAAACCACAAUCUCUGCUUUUACUUACUUAACCGUCCACUCAAGGAGAAAUUAUCUGUCUUCAUGUCCUUCUGUUGUGCAACUGAUCCAAAACCUGAUGUUGUGUGGCCAUGUGCAGCUCCGAUUGCAUGCUCGGCUGUCAGCUCUUGCUCCAGGUAUCUGGCACUGGCAUGUGAAGAUGCAACAAUAACUAUUUGGGAUAAACACCUAGGAUACCCACUGUCUGUGACUGCCAUUCUAGAGGAACGUCUCAUCCGUAGUAUCCACUUCCUGCGGCAUUCUGCAGAUGCCAGUGAUGAGACACCUUGUCCUGGUACAGAUCCUGCCUGUCCCAUUGUGCAGCUUCUAGUGCUAUGUACAGACAGCUCUUUGUACUUGGUGAAAGCACCGAGGGCCAGGCAGUCCAGCAUCACACUCCUGGCAGACAGGCCUGAAGAUCCAAACCUUGCUGUCAGCGCAGUGGUGCCUGUCCUGGCAUUCCCCAGUGCUGCCCUGGUCUUCUCCUGGGAUGGCAGAGUGUCCCUGAUGAACACUGCCACAUCGCAGAUUGUCUACUGCUUCAGUAUUCCACCCUCUCACGUUGUAGCAUCGCCCUGGCAGCCAGUGUUCAUAGUGGAUCAUGUGAAUUGGUGCUUGCUGCUUCGAGGAGAUAAGCAGCAGCAGGCAGAUGCAUUGGGACAGAGCAGAGCCAGUCACAGCACCAUCUUCCUUUUUGACUUCAACUCCUACCCACUGAAGGAGGCUUUCCCAAAGGAACCAGAUUUGCCUCUCAAAUCCUUGCAGAACCUGCCAUGGAUGGAGAGAUGUAACAUUUUCUUACGUGAUAGGCAGCAGAGCCUGCUGGGACUCAGGGAGCAGUUGCCUGAGUACUGGAGUCAGCUUCAGGCACAAGCUGCUGCCAUGGACAAGGAGAGAGCGAAAGCGACGGGACAGAAGAAACCAUAG